AUGAGUAAAAUAGUUUCUAGUGCCAACACAACUUCCCCUGGUGUGGAAGUCAAGCAGAGAGGCAACGUUGCGAGCUUAUACGACACCACCAGCAAGAAUCUCACGGCUAUUGACACGUAUGGAAAUGAAUUCAAAGUACCAGACUACUCCAUCAAGGAUAUAUUAAGCGCAAUUCCGACACACUGCUACGAAAGAAGAGCAGCUGAAUCUUUAUAUUACGUUUUCAGGGAUCUUUUCUGGAUAGUAUCUUUCGGAUAUCUUGCUAAUAAUUACAUCCAAUUCAUACCUUCGCAAGUCGGUAGGUUUUUGGCAUGGUCUGCUUAUGUCUAUGUUCAAGGUCUUCUUGGUACCGGUUUGUGGGUUUUGGCCCAUGAGUGUGGUCAUCAAGCAUUUAGUGAUUACGGCUGGCUCAAUGACUCUGUUGGUUGGGUUUUACAUAGUGCUCUUAUGGUGCCUUACUUCUCUUGGAAGUUUUCUCAUGGUAAGCACCAUAAGGCAACGGGUCAUUUAACAAGAGAUAUGGUGUUCGUUCCAAAGACAAAAGAACAAUUUAUGGGUGCCAGAGGUAUUCAAGAUCUUGACGACUUGGUAGGCGAUUCACCAAUAUACACAUUACUUCAAUUAAUUUUCCAACAGCUGCUUGGAUGGAUUUCCUACUUACUCACCAACGUCAGUGGUCAGAAAUUUCCAGGCAAGUCUUCUUGGAGCAUAAAUCAUUUCAAUCCCUCGUCUUUGAUUUUUGAGAAGAAAGAUUAUUGGUAUAUUAUCUUGUCUGACAUCGGUAUUUUGACCCAGUUCUGUGUGUUAUAUACCUGUUACCAACUGUUUGGUGGGUUCAAUGUUUUAGUUAACUGGUUUUUACCUUACCUUCUCGUCAAUCACUGGCUCGUUUUCAUAACAUACUUGCAGCACUCUGAUCCUCAGAUGGCUCAUUAUGAAGCAAGUCAAUGGAACUUUGUAAGGGGUGCAGCUGCUACCAUUGAUAGAGAAUUUGGCUUUGUUGGAAAAUACAUUUUCCAUGACAUUAUUGAGACACAUGUUUUGCAUCACUAUUGCUCCAGAAUUCCUUUCUAUAACUCAAGAGAGGCAAGUGAAGCAAUCAAGAAGGUAAUGGGAGAACACUAUCGUCACUCUGACGAAAAUAUGUGGGUUGCUUUGUGGAAAUCAGGCAGGUCAUGUCAAUAUGUAGAUGGCGACAAUGGAGUUAUGAUGUACAGAAAUAUCAAUGGCUAUGGAGUUGGAAAGAAUUAG